AUACAUAUACGAACGUAUGUUUAUGGAGUUGAUGAUCACGGAACACUUCACGGACGGAGAGGGAAACACACAGCUGUACGUGGCCAGGGAGAACAUCAUGCCUGGCUACUGUGGCUGGCCUCUCAUCAAGGACGCUCCCUUUAAACACAGCUUCGACCGCCUUAUCAUGGCUUUCCAUGGUGCGGGGCUCAUCGGCAAGUGGACCUACGACAUCCUGGAGCGAGCUCGUCUGGACAGUCGGGAGAAGCAGGCAAGGAAGAUGGAGGAGGAAGAGAAACAACAGGACACUAAGCCAGUUGGUGAACAGGGUAGUGGACGCAUUAUGGCCCUUACUAUAGUACACAUGCAGGGGCCUCUCUUCCUGUUGUUGCUGGGACUCCUGCUCUCAGUUCUCACCUUCAUCCUGGAGAUGUUGGGUACAUGGUGUCUCAGAUGCAGGGAGGAGGCGCCACCUACCUCAACCUCUCCCUAAUCUAACACACACAUGCACACACACACCUCUUAUCAAUUUAUCUAUCGGUGUAUCUGUUACAAUAGGUCAGGUAGUAGCAGCAGCACCAUUCCUCCA